AUGCAACAACCAAACUACACGCAGUCUCCUCCACUGCACCACCCUGUCCCGCAACACGUUUCUACCGUUCCACAGCUGCGAUCACCACCGCCGCCCACCUCGUCGCAACCACAGCAGCAAGGCGCCUACGGUAACCCAUACCAGCAGGGCACACCUACGAAUGGCGGUGGCGGUGGGAAUGUCUUUGGCCAGUAUGGAAACUUCAUGAGCGACCCGAUGGCAGCACAAUUUGUCGGACAGGUCGGACAGAACGCAUUCAAGCAUGUCGAAAACAACGUGAACCGAUGGGUCAACUUCUCGGCACUCAAGCACUACUUCAACGUAACGAACGGCUAUGUCAUCAACAAGCUCUUUUUGGUGCUAUUCCCCUGGCGCCACAAGCCCUGGUCUCGGAAGCAGGCAGUAGGACCCAACGGACAGGAGGGAUGGUAUCUACCACCGAGAGACGACAUCAACAGCCCCGACAUGUACAUCCCCGUCAUGGCCCUCGUUACAUACAUUCUCCUUUCGACCCUCCUCGCCGGACUACGAGGUCAGUUCCAGCCGGAGCUGCUAGGAUAUACCGCCUCAACCGCUGGUGUGGUGGUGGUGGUAGAGAUCCUGCUCCUGAAGCUGGGGUGCUACUUCUUGAGCAUAUCCAACGAGUCGCAGCUCCUCGAUCUGGUGGCCUACUCGGGAUACAAGUUUGUCGGCAUCAUCGUCACCGUUGCCGUUGCUGAGCUUGUCAAUGGGGGCAAAGGCACUGGCGGUCUGGUCGGCUGGCUCAUCUUUGGAUACACUUACAUGGCCAACUCCCUCUUCUUGAUGCGAUCGCUGAGGUAUGUAUUGCUUCCGGAAAGUACUGGCGGCGAUGGGAGAGGGCCGAUGCAGACGGAUUCGAGAACCAAGCGGAACCAGCGAACCCAGUUCCUCUUUGCCUACUCGUAUGUGGUACAGCUGUUCUUCAUGUGGAUCCUCAGCAGAGGUUGA